GAGAGGAAGAGUCAGGUCAUAGCAGAGACACUCAGCAGAGAUCACUGUGGAGAGGAGACAGCAAGAAACAGUGUCAAGUUUGUCCUGUGAAGACUGACUGUCUCAAGUAUCAAAUCAGGAUGUUUGUUCUAAUCUGUGCAACGCUGCUUUUCUCUGUGAGGGGCAUCCAUGCAGAAACAGGUGCAUCGGUUUGGGGAAGACCAUACUGUCAAGGAUAUUACUGUAUCACUCUUGGUGAAGCAGAUAUAACAGCAGAGGCUGGACUCUGUGUUGUGAUACCGUGUUCUUUCUCUACUGCUGCAGCCUUUAAAACCCAACAUAUAGUUUGGUACAAAUGUAAACUGUCCAAUCGAAAAUGUGGCGAUCCUGACAUGAUAUUCCACACCAACAAGCACAACACCAAGGUUCAGUCUGUGUUCAAAGGACGGCUUUCACUGUUGCAGCCGGUGCUGAGUCAGGGGAACUGCAGCAUCAUCAUCAACGACCUCACCGAGUCAGACUCUGGAGCAUAUCAGCUCAGAGUUAAUGGUUUACUGUAUGGGAACCCUGAUGGACUUACAUACUCUGAAAGAGCAGUUCUCUCUGUAAAAGGUCUGACCCAGAAGCCCUCAGUGAUGAUUCCUCCUCUGACAGAGGGGCAGCCGACCACACUGACCUGCACUGCUCCUGGUCUCUGUUCUGGAUCUGAUCCUAAAUUCACCUGGACAUGGAGAGGAGCAGGAGAGAAGGACUCUCAGAUCACAGGAAACAUCACUGCUUUAAAGACUGAGAAUCUGACUGCUGUCACACAGAGACACAGCUCCACUUUGACCUUUAACCCUUCAGCUGAACACCACAGCAGCAAUGUUACCUGUGAGGUCAGCUUCAGAAACAACAUCACUGCAGAGAAGACUGUGACUCUUAAUGUGACCUAUGUGAAGAAAUUCAACAUCUCUGGGAAUGCAACUGUGAAGGAGGGGGAGACUCUUAAUUUGACCUGCAGCGUUGAUAGUUUCCCUCCAUCCCUCAUCAUGUGGACUAACUACCGAAAUAUGCAAAAUGGAUCAGGAACAAGUCUUCAAAACGGCACUUUAACUGACCUGCAGAACGGCACUGAGACCUUCCUGCAGGAAGAAAGAGGAAUCGGCAUCCUCUCCAUCUUAAACGUGACGCCAGAAGAUUCUGGACUGUACAUCUGCACAGCGAGACAUAUGAACUACACCCUGAUGGAAAAAGUUAAUGUAACAGUCACAUAUACGAGGGAAACUCUGAUCACUGGGGAUACAACUGUUAAGGAUGGAGAUUCUCUGAAUUUAACCUGCAGUGUUGAAAGUUUUCCCCCGUCUCUUAUCACAUGGACAAAACCUGGCUUCAACACAAACCUGAACAAUGGACCUGAUGCGUACCUGCAGAGCAACGAUGGGUCAGCCACACUUGUCAUCCCUAAUGUGACCACAGAAUAUUCUGGACAGUACAGCUGUACCGUGCAACACUUGGACACCACGGUGACUAUGUAUGCUGAUGUUACAGUGACUUGGUUUUCAAGGAUCUUCAACAACUCUGAAUGUGUGGUUCAUUCAGACAUUCUGAAUUGUGUGUGUAUCAGCGAAGGGUUUCCUAUACCCACCAUCGAAUGGCCACUGUUGAAGAAACACACCGAGUACUCUGUCUUUACUACUGUGUUAAACCACACAGUCAACAGCAGCCUUACUUUAAAAUAUUAUAGCAACACCUCUGUUGAGUGUGUAAGCAUCCAUGAAAAUGGGGAAGCAAAAAAAAACCUCACCAUCAGAAUAAACACGAUGGAACAAGGGGAUCAAUCCAAAAACAUAUUAAAACUUGUUUCACAGCUGGAAGUCAUCAUUGCCUUUUUCAUUGGGUUACUUCUUUCAGCAGUCCUUUGCUGUUUUGCCACAAAGUGCCACAGAAAUAAACAGAAGAACUCUGGAAAUCUGGAAGAGACUCUGGGGAUGGUGGCCAGUCAAGAAGAUCCACUGAUAGAUGCUGGUCAAGCAGCGGAAGAUUAUCAAACCUACUACCAAGAGGCAGCUGAAGAAGAAGGAGCUGUGGCAGCAGAGAAAAGAGACACUGAUCUCAAUGGAGGACCAAAAGAAGUGGAGUACGCGAGCAUUGAUUUCUCCAUGUUGGAAAGAAAGAGUCAGAGGGAGGCAGUAAAGAGGCCAGGGACCACAGAGACGGAGUACGCUGAAAUUAAAAAAGAAGUAAAAGAGGAAAAGGAAGACAAUAGCGGAGAGGAAGGUUGUAUGUUGGAAGAGGAGGAGGCUGUCGUCAUGGAGGAUGAGGAGACAAAACAUCAUGAACAUGAGGAAGAGGAGGAUGUUGCUGUGUACUCUAAUGUGAAGGACAUCAUGGCUGAGAGUUGAAGGCUGUUACAUAGUGGAGUUGCUUAUGGAUACAAUGUCUCUUGAUCUCAUCAGCUGUGGUUGAAAUUAUGGACUAAUGAUGGAUUUUAAUUUCUGUGGAUGAACUUUGGCACUGAUAUCUUAUAACUCCAAAUUCAGCCAGAUUUACUGACGUUACAGACACUUCACAUCUUUAAAUGUUAGAGUCUGUGGACAUCCUUUCAUUGGACUGGAAAGUCAUUUCUAAGCGGUGUUGUGCUUUAAUGUGUUUAGUUUUUAAGCUUUCUAGAUCUGUUUCCGCAUAUCCAUGAAAAUGUUGAUGCUACCAAUAUAUCAGUGAUGUGUUAAGGGGCAACCACAUCCAUCCUCUCUGCUCUGAGAGCUGAAGUGUAAUUUAAUUCGAUACCAUUUAAUUUAACCACAAUAAGCUUCUGUGCCUUAUUUUCCCAAAGCUCUGUUGAAUGGCAAACGUUUAUUUGCCUCAGGGAAAAUGUUUCUCUUUUUCCACAUGACUGGAUGUUAACGUCUGUCAGGUCUGGUUUGUAAGAACCUUUUAGACCAUACUGAGAUAUAUCUGAUUCAUUUUAGUGUUGUUUCAAAGCAGGCUUGAAAAAACAGGAAGCUCUUUCUACAGAACCUGUAAACGUAUAAUACAGCAUAAUAAGUUAUCAUGUAGCAGCUUGAAGUGUGAACAGGAAGUUAUUAAAGAGGAUACAGUGAUGCCAUAAAAGGUAAUGUUUAAAUGAAUAACCACUUCAGUGACUUUUCCGAGAACUUAAAAUAAGGCUUUGCACAAAAAACAAAAAUAUCAAAACCAUAGCGUAGUACAGGUUAUAAGGCUGCAAGAAGUUAACACAGUAACUAGGAUUUCAACAAUACUUUUUAUCUUUACCUAUUAAAUGCACUUAUUCAGGAGUUUCAUAUUUUAAAAAAAACCUAAUGAUUAAACAAAUGACUAUUUUAAAUGGGCCAUCAUUAUUUAACUGCAGAUAUUAACACGUAAUACAGAUCAUUGAGAUGCAUGCACUUUUCACUCUGGGAAUAACGUGUUUUACAUUACAAUUUAGAACGAUGGUUUGUGUAGAUAUUUGUUGUCCUCAUGGUACUACUGCUUUCUCAAUGUUUUUCACACCUUUCGGUCAUGAUAAACCAUAUACAUACUA